ACUCUGCAGUAAAUGGAGCUCUCAGGUGGAAGUUUCAGAGAGCUUAGCUUGCUGUAAUGGGAUGGUUUUAUUUUUUAAAAAUCUGUCGUCAAACUUCGAAUGGCUCUGUAAAUCUCCAGGCAAUCACUCUUCUUCUGCGAUCACCCACCAUCUCCCCCAGGUGUAGCAGCAGUAGUGAGAUUUCAGAUUUGGGUUUAUGGUACUUGCAUGUGUUGAGGGGGUCAUCCGUGUUUGCAAAUAUCAAACAAAUGACUGUCAUUACAGUAGGUACAAAUGGAGCAUGAGUGUAAGGUCUUUACACUUGAACUAUGCUGAACCUUUAUAUCCUAGGGAUCUGUGAAGAAUAGAAGCAUCACCCUCAGUGAUUCCCCUUUAGUGAUAUACUCAGUGCUCAUACAUAAGCAAGGUCUGUCUUCUGGCAUGCUGGGCUGAGAUUAAUGUCCCUUGCAUGGUUUGUGAAUUUGAACCAUGCUGAAUCUGUGGGGCAGGAGAAGCUGUGAAAUCCAUAUUGGAUGAGAUUGAUCCUUUCCCAAAUGGGGAGGGGAGGAAGGAGAGCAGACUGGAGCAUAACCUUUCUUACUGACAACAGCUAAAAAUAGUAUGUAUGUAUCAUCCUUACCCCCACUUGUGCACACACACAGGCAUACACAUGCAUCGGCACAUCCCCAGAAAGCAAGGAAUAAAAGCCUUAUGUGCCUCUUAGUGAAGGUGUGUUGGAUGGCAUGCUGGGAGUGUUUAGAGUGCCACAUCAGAUCCACAGGAGACGCGGCUGAAUUGUCAAGAGGGGAAAAGAACGUGUCAGAGACCGAUUAUUCCAGGAGGCAUCGCAGUAAUCUGCCUGGUGGUGGAGGGAGCCAUGGAUGCUCUACCGUACAUCUAUGUUAUGUCUGUGUAACCGUGUUCUCAGCGACCAUUAACAUGAAAUACACAGCUCUGCUUUAAUAGCACAGUCUGUAUAACUGAAGAGUGGUGUAAGUGUGAGGGGCCAGCAUGGUGUUUCACCACAACUGAUCAGCGAUUCCAGGGAUGUGGAAACAAACAUGGCAGAUAUGGAAAUGUACAGAGCUAGCUGAUUUUAAACUGCCCUGAAUAUUAAACUGCACUAAGCUGCCUUUCACACAGGACAUCAUCAUUUGUUGGUGUUGUAAGGUGUUCCAUUUCCCCUCUUUUUCUCCCUCUCCUUUCCCCUCUUUUUCUCCCUCUCCCCUCAACAGACUGAUCCUGUGUCUAAUGAAUUUGUCCUCUGCAGACCCAGAUGUUCUCCCAGUGCAGACAGAUGUUGAACUGCUCUGUUCUCUCAGUGAGGGUGUCCAUCUCUGCUCUGAACAAUGGCAUGGCACAGGGUGGACUCGUUGUCAUGGUGAUCUCCUUGAAUAGACUGUAUUCGUGACUAUGUGCAGGUGCUCCAGCCAUGGACUUGGAAGACGAGACGUUGUUAUUCCAGAGCAGCUGGGAUGCUGAGAAAGAAGAGGAGGAGAAGGAGGAGGGCGGGGAGUCAGAUACACAGAUUAAUUGGAGAACCGGCACCACUGGAGGCAAUGGCGUGUGGGGAGCAGUGGGCUGGGUCUACACACAGCCCUGGGUGAGUGGUGUUGUCCUGGGAGUUGGACUUUUUCUCCCCUGUGCCCUCUCUGCCUACAUGUUCCUAUACUGCCCCCCAUUGGACAUAGACCUUUCCUACAGUGCCUUUGAGGUUCACAGCCACUUCUCCGCUGAGCGGUUUGAUGCACUCACCAUUGCCAUAAAGACUCAGUUGGGGUCCUGGGACAGACGCAGGCGUGACGUGGACCCCUAUGACUCCACCACUCUACAGGAGCUGCUGUUGGACAUGCUGGGUAGGCAGGGAGAUGGAACAUCCAACAGGACAUCACAUGGAGGGCUGACCUCAACAUCUCUAAAAAAAAACUUGUUCAAAAGAGUAGUUAUGGAACAGAGAGGAGAUGCCCUGAGUCAGCGAGAGACUGAGAGGCAUGGAGAGGCUAGGAGUGAUAAACUAGAGGUAAGAGAGGAGGAUAAAAAUACAACUAAUUUAGGAAAAUUUGAGAGUCGUGAGUCCAUAGAAGGAGAGGGCGACAGGGACAGUGAGAGAUCUCAGACUAGGAUGCGCAGGUUUGCCCCCAACUACUCAUACCUGCAGAGCCAGGCCCUGUGGAGGAUGGAGCUGGUGUUUGUAGCUCAGGGUGGGGUGGACAACAACAUCUUCACCCCAGAGCGUCUCCGCACCAUCCACCACAUAGAGCGCCUGCUCAUGCAGCAUCCCCAGUUCCAACAGUUCUGUUGGAAGCCUCUGGAGGUCCUGAGAGACCUGCCCCUGGGCCCCUCCUACUGCUCCCCUCCAAGCUCCCUCCUCUCCUACCUCUUCCCCAGUGAACGGGGAGGCAGGAUCUACUACGAUGGCAUGGGACCCAACCUGGCUGACAUCCAUGGUGCUCUGAGUCUAGCGAUCACCCACCCACAGUUCUACUGGUAUGUGGAUGAGAGUCUGGCCCCUGACCGGCUCUCCUCCUCUCUCCUGCGCAGUGAGAUCCAAUUUGGAGCUCCACUGCCCUCUUACUGCUCCCUCCAGGACCGGCCUGAGGAGCAGAGAAGCCGCUUCAGGAACUUUGUGGUUCAGUACGCUGACAUCCUGGCUCAGCAGUCCACCAGCCAGGUGAAGGUGUUGUAUGGGGGCACAGAGCUGUUUGAUAACGAGGUGAGACGGACCUUCCACAGAGACAUGUUGCUGGCGCUGAUCAGUGGAGGCUGCAUCACUCUGCUGGUCUAUUUCCUCACCUCCUUCUCAAUGUUCCUGACAUUCUUUGGGCUCACUAGCAUUGGUCUGAGCUGCCUGAUCGCUCUUUUUCUCUACCAUGUGGUCUUUGGGGUGAGAUACCUGGGCAUCCUCAAUGGGGUUGCAGCCUUUGUGAUCAUUGGCAUUGGUGUGGAUGAUGUGUUUGUGUUCAUGAGUACCUUCAGACAGGCUUCCCACUUAGUCCAUCCAGUCCAGAGGAUGGUGUACACGGUGAAAACAGCUGGCCGGGCAACCUUCCUCACCUCCUUCACCACUGCAGCCGCAUAUGCUGCCAACACCUUCUCACAGAUUCCGGCCGUGCAUGACUUCGGCCUAUUCAUGGCCCUCAUCGUCAGCUGCUGCUGGCUUUGGGUGUCAAUCCUCAUGCCCGCUGCCCUGUGUAUCUGGACCCAGUGUAUUGACCCCCAGGAGAAUUCCUGUCUCAAAUGGUGGAAGGCACUUGCAGGACUGCCAGUGAGCCACAGUCCUUUGUCAGAUGAGGAUGAUGACGUGACCCUACUGUCAGUGGAGAUGGAGCCAGGCUCCUGUGACACAGAUGUAGAUGCAGCCAUUCUGUCCCUGUCAGUGGAGACUUCUCUCUUACCACCAGAGCAGGGAACUUCAGGCAUGGUCAGCAUUUACCUUCAGUGGGCUCUGAGGCACUGGGUGGCAGAGCCAGCCGUGGAGAACCGUAAAGUCAUUCUAGGAAUCUACUUCUUGGUCCUGCUGCUGUCUGCUGGGUGCUGCUGCCUCCUGCGGCCGGCCACUCAUGCCCCGUUACUGUUUCGUCCAGACACCAACCUCCAGACUCUACUGGGACUGAGGAACAACCUCAGUGCCCAGGGCAUAUCCUGCCACAUGUGCUCUGGUCUGUUCAUGGAGAAACCUCAUCUUCUGCACAGCCCUACCCAUACUACCCCCUCCAUGGCUUGGUUUCACCCCCAUCAACAUACCAAAAACAAUUCAAACUCAACUCUACGGAGCCCAAUCACACCAAGCACUUCCUCCAUCACAACAGGGCCUCUGCUGACCGUGUAUGUCUCUAAGCUGGAUGUAGGCGCUUCUAUCACUCUGUACCGCUUCUCUCUGAAUACUAGCAUGCCCUCGCCUUGGAAAAGCCUCAGUCCUAGGAAUGGAGAAGUUCCAUCCUUUCAGGCUUACAUUGAACCUCACAGCAACUUCAGCACCCACAUGACUGUGUGUGUGUCCCACCCCAGCCCUCGCUGGAUGAUCACUUCCCAGUCAUGUGACCCACGCCACGGCUGGAGGUCAGAGUUCAGCUUCUAUGUGGCAUCGGCUGAGCAGCAGCACAGCAGGAGGCUGUAUUUUGCCCAGCACAAGCUUAGUCCUCAUCCAAGCCGAGUGUGUGCAGAACCACCUGGUUGUGUGAUCAGCUCCGGCCCUGACGGACCCACACGGGGCUACUUCUACACACCGCUCCCCACAGAUUCCACCUCAACGAAAAGGUCCAGGACCUCCGGUUUUAACCCCUGUAGUGGAGGUGGCUGUGGCCAGCCAGCAGUCCGUCCUCUGGUUGACACUGGUGCCAUGGUGUUUGUGGUUUUUGGAAUACUGGGAGUGAACCGCACCCAACGCACUGACAACCACGUCAUUGGGGACAUGGGCAGUGUGAUAUUGGAUCCAAACUUUGAUAUCUUCCAAGAGAUUGGUCAUCUCUGCCAAAUCUGUAAAGUCAUCAGUGCUAACAAACAGCUUGUGAAGCCGGGAGGAGCCCAAUGUCUACCCUCUGGCAACAAGCUUUCUUCUAUCCUGCCCUUACUCCACCCAGACUGCCACUCACUCCCUGAGCCCAACCUGUUGCCAGGCCAGCUGUCCCAUGGGGCCGUGGGAACACACGGUGGCAGAGUGCGCUGGCUCUCCAUGGCCUUUGAGUCUACUACCUACAAGGGGAAAUCCUCUUUCCAGACUCGAUCAGACUUCCUCCAAUGGGAGACCUUCCUACAAGAGCAGCUCUCAGCUCUCCCAGAGUCCUCUGCUCUACGGAGAGGUUUCCAGACCUGUGAGCACUGGAAGCAGAUCUUUAUGGAAAUCAUAGGUGUGGAGAGCGCCCUCUGCAGUCUGCUCCUGUCCCUGGCCAUCUGUGUGGCAGCUGUGUCUGUUUUCACUGCCCAUACGCUUCUGCUGCUGCCAAUACUGCUCACCAUUAUGGGGGUCAUCUGUCUGGUGGUGGCCAUCAUGUACUGGCUGGGCUGGGAGUUGGGGGCCAUGGAGGCCAUCUCUCUGUCCAUCCUAGUGGGCUCCUCAGUGGACUACUGCCUGCACCUGGUGGAGGGCUACCUGCUGGCUGGGGAGACCUUACCAGCCACACCAGAACACACUAUGGAUCUGUCAGCUGAAAGGCAGAGACGGACCCUAGACGCAGUGAACCACGUAGGAGUUGCCAUAGUGUCCAGUGCUGUCACCACAGUCAUUUCAACCAUCCCUCUCUUCUUCUGUGUCAUCGUGCCUUUUGCUAAAUUUGGUCAGAUCGUGGCCAUAAACACAGUAGUAUCCAUCUUGUUCACCCUGACUGUGACAGCAGCCAUGUUAGCCACCAUGGGCCCUGCCAACUUCCACAGGCCUCCCGGUGCAGUGCUGAAGGCCAGCCUGGCAGUACUGGGUACCACAGCCUUUGGCGUUGCCCUGUGCUGGGCAACUAGGACCAGUCCCUGGCACACAGUAGUCACCAUGUGACCACAAACUCAACCACUACUGUAUACCUCUGUAAGCAAAACUAAGAGGCUUGGUCUAAACCUCAGUUUAUCAUUGUUCUAUAUAUGCAGCUGUAAGGUUUCAGAUACGUAAAAGCAUCUUGUUGAAGUAGACCAUUCUUGAUGUGGAUAAAGUUGAAUCAUUUUUUUACUAAAAGAACAGAAUGUGGUCUCUUGAGAAUAAAUAGUCUGCAGAAUAGGUUUUGGUUUCUGUGGAUGCAGCCUACUGCCCACAGAAGGAGAUUACACAGAGUUGAUUUAAAUACUGGUUGGAUCCACGUUGUUCUAUUGUCCAUGUUACUCUGUUCCUGAGAGUAUUUAUUUUUUUAGAAAAUUGCUAGCUUCUCUGACCUGCUAUUAGCACUAACCUCAUCUCUGAUGGUUGGAAACCACACUUUGAGGUCCAAGAAGACGUGUUGAAUCAUAAUAAAAAUAUGAAUCAUU